CGCCAUCUUUAUAGGGGGCAGGGCGCGUGUGUCGAUGGAUUUACAUACAGCAAACUCAAACAUCGGGAACUGUUUGUCUGCUCCGAAUUUCUAAGCUGGACUCUUAGUCAGGGAUUAUAUUGUAAGCAUUUUAAUGGGCUGUUAAAUAAGAAGGUUUUCCAGAAAGAAAAAUCCAAAGACACAUCACAUUAAGAUCUGAAAGAGUGAUAGGCUUGAGCAGGACAUGUCUAUCGUCGGUCAGUGAAUGGGGAAGUAAAUUCUGAUGAAGGGUCUCGGCCCGAAACGUCAGCCUUUCUGCUCCUAUGAUGCUGCUUAGCCUGCUGUGUUCAUCCAGCUCUGCACCUUGUUGUCUCGGAUUCUCCAGCAUCUGCAGUUCCUGUUAUCUCCUAAAUAAAUUGGUUCGUCUGUUCUCUCUGGGAGAAACGAUUUCAAAAUAUAGAUAAGGCAUGACGAUGGAGGAGUUGGAAGACAAGGACAUAGUGUGUGUGUGUAUUUGAAAGGACGGAUUGCAGUUGGGAAGCUGAAACCAACAUCACGUGGGGAUCAAUACCAUUGGAUUGUGAACAUGGACAGAAUUAGCACUGAACACAGUGAAGAGAAACUGUACACGGACUCCAUGUGCGGACGAGGAUUCAGCCGAUCAUCUGGCUUGCCAAAGCAUAAGUGCAGUCAGAAUGUGGUGAAACCAUGGAAGUGUGGAGAUUGUGCUAAGGAAUUCAAUUACCCAUCUCAGCUGGAAAGACAUCAACGCAUUCACACUGGAGAGAAGCCAUUCAACUGUUCUGAAUGUGGCAGAGGGUUCGCCGGCUCCAAUGAGUUGCAUGCACACCAACGAGUUCACACUGACAAGAAACCUUUUAAAUGUCCAGAUUGUGGGAAGUGUUAUAAAAGUUCCGGGGAAUUGAUGUCCCAUAAGCUCGUUCACACCGACGAGAGACCUUUUCGGUGUUCUCACUGUGGGGCUGGGUUCAAACACUCAUCCAACCUCACUGUACACCAGCGGGUUCACACCGGGGAGAGGCCAUUCACUUGCUCCGAGUGUGGGAAGGGGUUCACACGAUCGUCUCACCUGCGGCAACACCAGCAGGUCCAUUCUGGGGAGAAGCCUUUUAAAUGUCCAGACUGCGGUAAGGGCUGCAAAAGUACUUGGGAACUGAUGUCCCAUCGACGUGUUCACACUGAUGAGAGACCGUUCAGGUGUCCUCUCUGCGGGACUGGAUUCAGACAAUCAUCUAGCCUUACUAAGCACCAGCGAGUUCACAGUGGGGAAAGACCGUACACUUGCUCAGAGUGUGGGAAGGGAUUCGUUAAUUCCUCCAACCUGCUGAGACACAGGCGAGUUCAUACUAACGAGAAACCUUUCAAAUGUCCGGAUUGUGGCAAGUGUUGUAAAAGUUCUUGGGAAGUGAUGUCCCAUCAACGUGUGCACACAGACGAGAGACCAUUCAAGUGCUCUCACUGUGGGACUCGGUUCAAGCACUCAUCCAAUCUCACCGUGCACCAGCGGGUUCACACAGGGGAGAGGCCGUUCACCUGCUCCGAGUGUGGGAAGGAAUUCAUUCGGUCAUCUCACCUCCUGCAACACCAGCGGGUUCACAGUGGGGAGAGGCCUUUUAGAUGUCCAGACUGCAGUAAGGGCUUUAAAAGUACCUGGGAAUUGAUGAGCCAUCAACGUGUUCACACUGACGAGAGACCGUUCAGGUGCUCUCACUGUGGGACUGGCUUCAGACAAUCGUCCAGCCUGACUAAGCACCAGCAAGUUCAUAACAACGAAAGGCUGUUCACUUGCUCUGAGUGUGGGAAGAGAUUUAUUAAUUCCUCCAACCUGCUGAGACACCGACGAGUUCACACUGACGAUCAACCUUUCAAAUGUCCAGAUUGUGGGAAGUGUUGUAAAAGUUCUUUGGAAAUGAUGUCCCAUUAAUAUGUUCACACUGAUGAGAACCUUUCGGGUGCUCUCACUGUGGGGCUUGGCUCAAGCACUCAUCCAACCUCACUGUGCACCAGAGAGCUCACAAUGGGCGGAGCUCACAUUUGCCUGCUCUGAAUGUAGGAAGGGAUUUAUUCAGUCAUCUCACCUACUGCAACACCAGCAUGUUCACAAUGAGGAGAAGCUUUUCAAAUGUUCAGACUGUGGUAACGGCUUUAAAAGAACCUGGGAACUGAUAUCCCAUUGACGUGUUCACACCGAUGAGAGACCAUUCACAUGUUCUGUCUGUGGGACUAGAUUCAGACAGUCGACUAGCCUGACUAAACACCAGCGAGUUCACACCAGGGAAAGGCCAUUCACUUGCACCAAGUGUGGGAAGAAUUUCGUUAAUUCAUCCAACCUAUUGAGACACCAGCAAAGUCACAAUUAAUGGCUGGAUUUUGCAGUUAAUAAAGGAUUGAACCUUG